AUGGAAUUUGACAAGGUGAAUCAUCUUAACUCAACUUUACCCUCUGAAACCGUCCGCUUCCAAAACAGGAAGACAUGGGAAGGGAUCUAUAUCGUGUAUAGUAUUCACGAAUUGAUUCUUGAUAUGUUACAUUCGAUGAAAAGGUUAAGUACGUGCAAUGCUAAUGAUGAAGACAUUGAUUUUGAUGAAGUGGACAAGAGGAAAGGAGAAACUUUCAAAGAACUGUUUGGCAACAUGAAAGUAUGUAAAGGACACGCACAUCAGACGAAGAUAGGUUCCGAUAAAAACAGUACGAGAAGAACUGAUUGCGAUGUGUUCGUAGGUCAUCUGUGGAUUGACGUGAAAGAUGAGACGCUUCCCAGUCGGAUAUCGAGACUACGGCUGGUGCUGGGUUGCAUUACCGUAAUGAAUUCCGGUCUUCGUGAACUCAAUUUCUCAUUAUUAUCGCUCCUCAUCUACAACGAGAGGAGAUGUCGUCCAUACGUUUUGCGCCUCGUUAACAACGAAAACUUGACGAGCAUAACCUUUCACGAAAACUUCACGAUGCCAGACAGCCAUUUGAUACUUUUUGCCGGAAAACAUAGCUUAACAGAAGAAAGCAUCACACCACGUAUGGAGGGUUACCGCCUGCCAAAGGAUUCCGAUGGUGAUUUUUCAGUAUUUACUUUGUUAUCAGUAUGGAAUUAG